GGGACAUUAUAAGUUAUUUGUCAAAAGUUGGUAGUGUGUAAGUGUAAUGCAGGAUUUUUAUGGUAAUAAAAUUAUUAUGAAAUUGGAUAAUCAUAGUGAGUGAGAGUGAAGGGCGGAAGUGAAACAAUUUAGGGAAGGAACUGAAGAAAAUGAUGGAGUAGCAGACAAGACAAGUGAGAUUUUGUUUACAUCUAUCUUUUCAUAUCCUUAAUUGCAGUCCCAUAAUAUGAUUUAAUUCAUAUUCCACCCCUCCUCUUAUCUGAUUCUCAGCGAGUCCGGGGAUGAGAUGCAGACUCAUAAAGGUGAAAAAAGCAUCUGUCUUCCCAACAACAACUACAAGUGUGCAAAAUUAGCCUCAACCCUCCAAAAGCAGGAGCUGUCGUCGUGUGAAGAUGCCAAUUCCACCUUUCACCAUGUGAUUGACGUGGUGGAUGAUUCUCCCAAGAAGGGUCACCUCUCCAGGACUCAAAGUUCUCAUGACCAGUGCAGAGUUUGUCAACAGGACAAGGAAGAAGUUCUCAUAAAUCUUGGAUGCAAAUGUAAAGGUGGUCUUUCUCAAGCCCACCGCUCAUGCAUAGAUGCUUGGUUUCGUACAAGAGGCUCAAACAAAUGUGAGAUUUGCCAAGAGGUAGCUGUAAAUGUGCCGCCUCCUCCAGAAACUCAGCCAAGUACCAACUACUGGGUUUGGAGGACUGACCCGACCUUGAGAUCACGAGAUCCUGAAAGAGGUUGUUUUAGUCCACUUUGGGUGGCAUUCUCUAUCCUUGUUGGUGGUCUUCUAUUGGAUGUGUUGAUAUCUAUUACUCUUGGUGUUUCUGCGCUGCCUGUUAACAUUAUUAUUGGUGUCAUUGUCGUGCUUGGGCUUGGAACAGCACUUAGGCUAGCGGUGGAAUUCUGCCAUGACUGGAAUUCUCGGAGAGUGGUGCAGAGGGUGGAUACCAAUGUACCUCUUGGGUAUCAGCCCGCAUUGUAGGAUGACAAGCUUGUGGUUGUAUGCGAUAAUUAGAGCCAAACAGGUGCUGUCAGGCAGCAGAAAGCAGCUCAAGAAAACUUUGGAUGGUAAAUAGUAAUACCUUCGUUAGCAAGUAAAUUAAAGUGUAGGUAUUUUAGGUUUUGUUCACUUUGUUUAGGGUUUUGGUUUAUGAUCCAUUUUUUUUAUUUUACCAAGUUGAUGGUACAUUGGAACUGAUGGGUUGGGGAAUGGGGAUACUGGGAGUGGGAAGGAUGGGCCUAUGAGGGAAUCAUUUUUGUGGUGCCGAACGUAAUGAAAGGUGUCAGUCAGAGUCAUUAAGAAUUCAAAUGGUUUCUUUGAGAAAAAAGAAUUCAAAUGGUUUGUAUUCAAUGCACUUAAAUUUUGUAAAAUAUGUUUACCCAGCAUGACAUUAUGGUUUAUUUUGGUAGGCCGUAGGGGUUUGCGAGUUGUGUGGCUAUGUCAACAUGAAGUAGAUACAAAAUUUAUAAACAUGAUAUAUUUGAAGAGUUUAUUCA